UUUCUCUAUUAGACUCGCUCCGCCAUUUUUUUUUCCCUCUCUCUCCGAGUCUUCGAUUCCUUUUAGCGAGUAAAGAAAAGAAAAAAAAAGGGGGGGAAAUAAAAAACCCGAACCUGAGAAUUAGGGCAAAGGUUGGAGAGAGAUUUCGAUGAAGAACCUGUUUAAGAUCAAGCGCCCGCAUCGAUCCAACGAGAUCCCGUCGUCCUCCUCACCGUCACCGUCGCCGUUGCCGUCGCCGUCGCCGUCGCCGUCGCCGUCCAGCCUCGCGCCCUCAUGCGGCUCAGACCACCGCGCGGCUGCGCCGUCGUCGUCGGCUGCGAUGGUCUCGCCGACGUCGAAGCCUCCGGCGGAGGAGGCGGCGGGGAAUCGGCAGGACUACUUCUCGUCGGAGGAGGAGUUUCAGAUGCAGCUGGCGCUGGCGAUCAGCGCGUCGAAUUCGGACUACAGGGGCGAUCCCGACGGCGAUCAGAUCCGUGCGGCGCAGCUGCUGAGCUUGGGUAGUCAUCGGAUCGAUCAGGAUCGCGAGGUGGGGACGGCGGAAUCCCUGUCGAGGAGAUAUUGGGACUAUAAUGUGCUUGAUUAUCAUGAGAGGAUUAUUGAUGGGUUCUAUGACAUAUUUGGUUUCUCACCUGAGUCCUCAAGGCAAGGAAAGAUGCCGUCACUUGUGGAUCUUCAAACGAGCAUUGGUGAUCUUGGUUUUGAAGUAAUCAUAGUCAACCGCUCUAUUGACACUGCGCUAGUAGAGUUGGAACAAAUAGCACAGUGCAUUUCCUUGGACUGUCCUGUUGCUGAGACUGCCCUUUUAGUGCAACGAAUAUCUGAACUUGUUACUGAUAAUCUGGGUGGUCCUGUAAAAGAUGCUAAUGACAUGUUGGCACGGUGGAUGGAGAAAAGCACCGAGUUACGAACCUCUCUGCAGACAAGUUUAUUACCAAUAGGCUGCAUAAAAAUAGGCUUAUCUCGUCAUCGUGCUCUGCUUUUCAAGGUACUUGCAGAUAAUGUAGGGAUCCCAUGCAAGCUCGUAAAAGGGAGUCACUAUACUGGUGUUGAUGAUGAUGCUGUGAACAUAAUAAAGUUGGAUAAUGAAAGGGAGUUCUUGGUUGAUCUUAUGGCUGCCGCAGGCACUCUCAUUCCAGCAGAUGUCCUAAGUGCAAAAGGCACUUCAUUGAAUUCUAACCCAAGAUUUAGCAAAAACCAAACUACUUGGUCAACCAAUAGUUCAGGUUUUGACUUGUCAGGAGAAGCAUCAUCUAAUGAGAAUAAAGGUGAAAAUAGCUCCUCUGAAAAUGAUAGUCACAUCCUAGAUAAAAGAUCAGAAUAUGACAAGGAAAUAGUGACACCAUAUUCUCAAAAUCCCCAGAGUGGUUCAUCGUCUAUAACUACCGUAAGAUUUUCUACUGAAGCUACGAGAUUGCUUCCCCGACAACAGCCAAAUCAACUCUCAACUUCCAAUAUAGAAACUUCCUCAAAGCAGAAAGAUGUGGUUUCUGAAGAUCCUAUGUGGAAUGGAAAUUUUAACGCAUCAGCAGACUCACAAGAGACAGUAGAUCCUAAAAACUUGUUUGCGGAGCUAAACCCAUUCAAGGUAGUUGGUGCUGGUAAAACUUCAGCGCAGUUUAGAGGAUGGGAUAAUAGAGACAGUGGAAACCGGGGUCACAGAGAGAAUAUUAUCUCAGGUCCUGGAAGACCCCCACAACCAUUAGCUUGGAAAAACUGGUCAGCAUGCAAUGAGGUUGCUAACAGCAAGCAGUACAAUUUCGUUGAGGAACUAUUUCCAAGAAAAAAUGUUGGUGAUAAUGGUGCUACAUCAUCUCAGAUUUCUUCUGAUGGAAAAAGUACUGUUGUUAAUAUCUCUGGGGAUUCUGAUAUGUCAUCUUGGGUGGUGGUUGAUAGUUCUGAAAAGACUAUAUCUGAUACUUAUUUAAACACAACUUAUGUCUCCUCUGGAGUUAAUAAAGAUUCAGAAAAAGACCGACAUGGUGAUCUGUAUAGUAGCCAUAUGAAUGCUAAAGGAGGCGGACCGCUUACCUCUGUUCAGUCAUCAGGAGAUAAAUACAUGCGGACGAAACAAACACAAGGAUUGGUUUCGCAAAGUAGCGUGGAACGUGAGGCAAAGAAUCAUGGGUUAAAUUUCAAUCAGAAGCAUGAUCGAAAGAAGUGCUCACAUGAUAGAUUUAUGGAUACAAUAAUAGAACAAAGGAAUUCAGAAUCUUCAAUUUCUUCAUUUCAAGCCAGGCCUACUAGACUUGAUCCAAUGCUAGAUGAUGUGUCUGAAUGCGAAAUUCUAUGGGAAGACCUUGUUAUAGGUGAAAGGAUUGGAUUAGGUUCAUAUGGAGAAGUAUAUCGUGCUGAUUGGAAUGGAACUGAGGUAGCUGUUAAGAAAUUCUUGGACCAGGACUUCUAUGGGGAUGCUCUGGAUGAGUUCCGAAGCGAAGUGCGGAUAAUGCGGAGGUUGCGCCAUCCAAAUGUAGUCCUCUUUAUGGGUGCUGUGACUCGUCCUCCCAAUCUGUCUAUUGUUUCUGAAUUCCUACCAAGAGGAAGCUUGUACAGGAUUCUUCAUCGUCCUUAUUGCCAAAUUGAUGAGAAGCGUAGGAUUAAAAUGGCCCUUGAUGUGGCAAAAGGCAUGAAUUGCCUGCACACUAGUGUGCCUACAAUUGUUCAUCGGGAUUUGAAAUCGCCAAAUUUGUUGGUAGAUAAGAAUUGGACAGUGAAGGUUUGUGAUUUUGGACUUUCGCGGUUGAAGCAUAACACAUUUUUAUCAUCCAAAUCCACUGCUGGAACGCCUGAAUGGAUGGCACCGGAAGUCUUGCGCAAUGAACCUUCAAAUGAGAAGUGCGAUGUUUAUAGCUUUGGGGUUAUCUUGUGGGAGCUGGCCACACUAAGAAUGCCAUGGUCCGGGAUGAACCCAAUGCAGGUUGUGGGUGCUGUUGGGUUUCAGGACCGAAGGCUCGACAUUCCAAAAGAAGUUGAUCCCCUUGUUGGACGGAUCAUUUGGGAGUGCUGGCAGACGGAUCCAAGCUUGCGCCCUUCUUUUGAACAACUAACUACGGCUCUAAAGUCAUUGCAGCGGCUAGUAAUCCCAUCUCAUCAGGAGACACAGAGCCCGCCGGUGCCGCAAGAGAUAUCGGUGAACUCCACUCCUUAAAGAGCUUCUCAAAACUGUGAAUAAUAAGAGAAAAAAGAGUAUUUAUAUCAUUUUGUCGUGGUAAUGUCCAAAGUCUACCCAAUGUGAAUGCUGUGUGUUGCUCCCUUUCAACUAAAAGGUCCUUGUAGUUGUCUUUGCCACCGCGCCUUAAACAUCUCUGAUGGUGGCUGUACAGAGAGUCGGGUCUGAAGAUAAUACCAAAAAAUGUGGAAAUAUGGUGUCCUGUAAGGAGGUUUGCUUAGACCUUUUUUUUUCCUUUUUUUUUUUCUUGUUAAUCCGAAUGUGAGCUUGCCGGAAACCGGUCAGCUUUUUAGCGAAAAUUUACCUCGACGAGGGCAUGAGUAUAUUGUACUUCAGUGGCACCCCUUGUUGGGGAAGGUAUUGUAAUAUGAGAGACGAAUGAAAUUCCCUGUAUGUUUACCAUUGUGUUAUUUGGAAUUUUUUUUAGAGUACAUA